AUGGAGUCCUCUCUCACAGCCGGUGGGGAGAUGCGCAUGAAUUCCUGCCGCCUCUGUGCCUCCCCCUCAGUAACCCUCUUCCACACAGACAAGAUGCGGGAAUACUAUCGCUGCCAUCAAUGCAGUCUCGUAUUUGUGCCAGAUCGCUUCAUGUUGUCAAGCGCGGAGGAAAAGGCCGUGUAUGAUUUGCAUGAGAACAUCCCUGGUGACGCAGCCUACGAGAAAUUUCUCUCCCGCGCAGCCCAGCCCCUCGCCGAUUACCUUUCCGCAAAAAAUCAUUCUCGAAGAACGCCGUAUCAGCCUCAGGGCCUCGAUUUUGGAUGUGGGCCUGCACCGGUUCUCGCUAAAAUACUCUCCGCUGCUCCUUACAACUUUUCCAUGGACGUCUUCGAUUUGUAUUACUUUCCAGAGACUCGUUACUGCCUUGAACGUGCAGAGCACUACGACUUUAUCACCGCCACCGAGGUCGUGGAGCAUUUGCGGGAUCCGCUUUCAGUGUUUCGCACACUCUGGCAUUCCAUCCGUCCUGAUGGCGGGGUUUUAGUCAUUAUGACGAAACGCGUCCACGGCACGAUUGAGCGCUUUCGUAAUUGGCACUACACCCGCGAUCCUACGCAUAUUACGUUCUUCCACACGGCAUCAUUUCAGUGGCUCGCAGAUUCGCUGCCAUCCAACGGCGAAACGUGCGAAACGCGCUUUGUUAGCGCCGAUGUGGCGCUUCUCAUUAAAAGAAAAUCAGAUUCAUGA